UGCACACACGGCAACCCGAACAACACAAAACACGCACACAAGCACCAUGGGGAAGGCUAAGGGACGGGCAAAGAAGAAGAAAUUCGGAAAUCGCGGACCCGAUGGCAGGGCGGUUCCUAAAAAGCCGAAGCCGGCGCAGCAAAAUGAUAACUCAUCGCCCGGCUCUGGUGAUGCACCAGUCGACGGCGCGGAUUUGAUGGACGUGGAUGAAGAAGGGACGGCAGCGGCAAACGAGGACGCCAACGAUGAGGAGUGGUGCGAUGAGGAUUCCAGCGGUGCAAACGGCAGCAGUGGUGGAGGUCAGUCGAUACUGCGUUUUGCGCACCGGUCUGUAGCGUCCGCAGCAGCGCGCGCCGCAAGAAACGCGGCGAAAAAAAUCUCGCCGCCUGCACUGUCCAGGAGCCAAAAAUUCCGAAACAGAAAAAGGCUUCUCGGACAAGAAACGAAGGACAUGGCACGAUUCAUGGGAGCAUUCUUGCGGCGGGCGCAGCAGGAAAAGCAGCAACAGUCGGAGCAGGAAGAGGUGGAGAGCUCCUCUGUCGGUAACGAGGUUCGUCCUGUAGAGGAAUCGGCGGUGAAUUUAGAGAUUGCACCGCCUACUGGUCCCUCGAACGACGGCAGCGUGUGCGGACAUGUAGAGACCAGCAGUAGCUGUGGCAGUGUCGGCGACAUGCCCAUAACCACGGGUCACGGGCUUCUGAUAGAGGAGUGGUGUAGCGGUCAGGAGAUGAAGGACGCCGAAGAAGCGAUGGAUGACAUUUGCGAUACCUCAUCAGACGGGUUUCUUGACGGUUUGGAUUUCAGCAGCAGCAGCAGCCGCAGCAGCAGCCGCAGCGGCGGCGGCGGCGGCGGCGGCGGCGGCAGCAGCUGCGCCGAAAGGGGCGUCCCCCCCUGUCCUCUUGGCAAAGAGGCAGUAGACGUUGGGCAGGAGACGGGGGCGAACGAUGAGGUCGGCGACAAAAUGCGAACCACUGGAGUACCCGUCGUUGCGGACCUCCUCCCACCAGGGCCCUCCCGUCGAAGCAUCCGAGACGGCCGUUUCGGCGGUAGGUUUGCUGCACCCACCCGCCGAUACGACAACACGGCUGGAAACAACAAAGGUGGGACAGGGAGAGGCAACAAGGUUCUGGCGCCGGAAGAGGUCCACGACAGAUCAGGUGUCACUGCGAUGCAGCUUCAGACGAACAAGUCGCGGCGCGCCGUGCGAAGGGAGAGGGUGGCGCAGGAGGGCAAGAUAUGGACGCCUGCGGCGCUGGCUCGGGCAAGGGAUCGAACACGCAAGCACUGGUCGAGGCGUAAGGCAGAGCUCAUGGAAACCUAUCGCAACGCCUACGACGUGCUUCAGAAGGCUGAAGAGACCAACAACUACGGAUCAGUGGUGGAGGAUUCGACGACGAUGCUGGAUGAAGCACACCUGGUUCGCACCACCCGUGUCAUCCGCACCGUGAAGCAUUUCCUGUUUCUCGAGUGAGUGGGCGGGGAAUGUGUAGUGCUGUCUUCUCCUGUCUUGCAUCUUCGUUUGAACCAUUGGGCAUUGAUUGGAUCGGCGCUGCCGUUGAAGCACCAUUCGCGCUGCAUGUUCAUGCCGGUUAGAUAUUGCUGAGCGAUGGUGCUGUCUCAGAAGAGGAUACUCCGUUUACCACAUAUCCCCCCGCGAAA